AUGGAGACGGUGCCGAUUUCGUCGGAUGCAUUUCUCCGAAUAUACGAAUGUAUUCUGGAAUGUGUGGAGGAUGAGUUCGGCAAGCUAAGAAAGAAAUUGACGGCGGCCGACUUGAAACGAAUCAACGUCAUCCACGCAAUACUGAACAAUCGCGGUUUACGCCUCUCGAGAAUUGGAGAGGUAGCACUGUCGGAAGUGGUCGACACAUUGCUUUAUGAAUGGGAAGAAUCUGCGCCACCGUCCGAAGCCGUGCAGCAGCUUGUUUCACUUCUCUCCAAGCCCGCAAUCCGGAAUUUGUUCUCUGUGUAUGAUAUCGUUUCGAGCCGAACUUAUGCGCCGCAGUUACCCGAUGUACCGUAUGAGGUUGAUGAUGAUGACGGUAUUGCCGUAAAAUUAGUUCGUUUGGUCAAAACUAGUGAAGCACUUGGUGCUACGAUAAAGUGUGAUGCGGAUGGGAGGGUGUUUAUUGCCCGAGUGAUUGCCGGAGGAGUUGCUGACCGGAGCGGUAACAUUCAGGUACGAGUGAAUUUCUAUAGUUUUCAAUAG